AUGCCAUCGCUUCCUGAUAACCUCCAGGAUAUUUACCAGGAAUACUUUGAUGGGCUAACCGCCUCUCAGGACACCAUCACACACCUCAGGCGUGAGCUCAUGCAAGCUGUAUGGGACCUUAUCCUGAGUGAAGAAGAUUUCAUGAAGGCUUACACUGAUGGCAUUGUCCUGGAGUGCGCUGAUGGGAUACAACGGCGGUUCUUCCCCAGGAUAUUUACUUAUUCAGCUGAUUACCCCGAAAAGGUCCUCCUUGCGACAAUACGACAACUCGGAAGCUUCCCCUGCCCUCGCUGUCUGAUCAAAAAGGAAGACAUUGGCGCAAUGGGAACCCACAUCGACAGGCAGUGUCGUGCACAUGUUCGCAUUGAUGAUGAACACGCGCCAGGAAGAAAUUGA